CAUUUGCUAUUUAGUAUUUAAAUAGUGUCACAUUCUACCAGUUAUCUUUGGUAUACAAGUUUGUGUUGCAUAUCUAUUUAAUACUAUCUGUCCUCUAUAUGAAACUGAACACUAAUAAAAUUUUCAAGUUGGAAAACUUGAAGCGAUAGUGUUAAUAUAAACUUUAUAAAAGUUAAAGACAUGGAGGAAGUUACUGGAAGCGAGGAAGAUACAUCAGAAACGAAACUGCAGAAAAUUCUGUCGGGGAAAAUGAAAAAAUUCAAUAAACUAAAUAUUUUUACAUCAGCACAGCUUCUUCUUUCCGCCGAUAAAAUGGGUAAACUGACGGUAGUAGAUGAUACACUUGAGGAAAUACGUCAAAUAAACGCUCCUCUCAGCAUUGUUGGUAUUUGCGGGCCAUAUAGAAGUGGAAAGUCGUUUCUUGCCAAUUACAUAAUGGGUGAAAAAUGCGUUUUCGAAAUAGGACAUUCCACAGACUCUCAAACUAAAGGUAUAUGGGUUAAAUGCAUUCGCCAUCCGACACAGAGAGAUCAGAUAUUGAUGGUUCUUGAUACAGAAGGUUUCGGAGAUGCGAAAAAAACCCACGUAAACGACAACUGCUUGUUUACCAUUACAUUUUUGUUGAGUAGUACACUAAUCUACAACACAUUUGGCGUCGUCAAUAUGGACUUACUUGACAGACUUAAAAUCAUUACAAAACUACCUAACCAUUGCCAGAUGAUCGAAAAUGCUGACAAAGCGGAUAGCGAAGAACUCCUUCCUUUCGUCUCGCCAACAUUUGUUUUAUGUUUGAGGGAUUUUUACCUUCAGUUACCGAAAGACUGCCAAAACCCGGACGACUACUUUGAAUCUUUCCUAAAAGAUCAUUUAGAUCCAGGUAAUGGAGACUACAAUAAAGCAAGGCAAUGCAUACGAACGUACUUUCCAGUCAGACGUUGCUUUGUUGUCGGCCGGCCAGCUGCGGAUGAGAAACUUAAUAAAUUGAAUACACUUGACGAGCAUGAAUAUGAACACAAGUUUAAAGAAAAUAUGACAGAGCUAAAGGAGUAUGUCCUCAGGAGGCCGUUCAAAUGUCUCGCAAAGAUGAUAAAAUUCGAACAAAAACCAAUCGAUGGUCUAGUAUUUGGCAGUCUAGUAAUAACCUUUGCACAAGAACUUCAGACACACAGACAGAUCUGUUUUGACAGAGCGUUUGCGAAUGCUGCAGAGAAGCAUAACUCUAGAGUGGUGGAGAGAGUUUUAUGUAAAAUCAAGGAACAAGUGGAUGAAAUUGAAAAAAGUCUGCCAAAAAUAGAUGAAAAGGAACUUCUGAAAGAAGCUAAUGAGAUAAAACGUUCGUCUUUAUAUCAGUACAGACGCUUGUCAUAUCCAUACCACCCAGACAUAUUUGAGAGAACAUUAGUGGAUGAAAUUACAAAAAAGUAUGAGGAACUUUAUAUGGAAAAUCGCCGUCAGAUUUUUCUGACUUGCACGAAAGGUCUUACAAAAAUACACGAAGAACUGAUGCUGGAAAAGAAGAAUAAGGAUACAGAUGAUCCUGAUCCGAUUCCCGCUCAACGUGACAUAGAGCAAAUUGAGCAGACAUACAGGAAACGAACGUUAUCUGUUUUAUGUUUUGAGGAACGAGAAGAAGCACUUACACAAUUCAAACAGAAUUUAAAUGCAGAUCUCGGGGCAAGGAAGGAGAAGAAUAAGGCAAUUAGCCUUUCAGGUACUGAAGCAAUAGCAACCGAAAGGAAACAGUUUCUAAAAGACGCCCGAAAAGACGCACAUUAUUACUAUAAAAAUAUUUUACGUGAAUGUAAAGAGCAGGUGCCUGAAAAUGAGGCACUUGAAAAGAAGAUGGAUGACUGGUGGUGUUCAAUAUUAUAAUAAUUUCAAUCAAAAUGCAGCUGCAUUAUAAAGUGAAUUACAUUUCUAUGCAACAGUUAUUUAAGAUGUGUAACUUUAUAAAGAGUUAUUUUUAUUUUUAUUUUACUUUGUUCAUAAAAUAUACUGUACAGCCAAUCUGCUUGCAUUCGAGUGAUUCUCUUUAUAUCAUAAAAUGCGGAGAGAAAAUAUCUCAUAAAAACGUCUCUGAUUAUGGUUUGAGGUACAAACUAAAUGGUUCUUACUACCGGGACUUUAUAGACGUUGAGAAGACAAACAUAUUUCGUUUCAAACAAUAACGUAUCAUAAUAAAUGUUUGAGUUUCGAAUGCAUUCUUUUUUCUUUUGCUUUGAACUUUUGACAAGUAUAUAAUUUGUUAUGUACUGUUUAAUUAUUAGAAUUGAUUUAUAUAUUGUCUUCUGACACUAUCGUUUUUUAAUAAAAGAAACGUUUGACUCUGGUGGCUGAUUUCUGCCAUAUUGCGUUUUCGCCCGCGACCCCGCCGAGUGAAAACACGAGAAUAAACAAGUUAAAAUGGCGGGGGAGGAGUGGGGAGUGGGGUGGGGGUGGCAGCGCAGCGCAGCACGAUAACUCGAUAAUUAACGGGGUCGCGGGGCGAAAACUUGAUAUUUAGUAACUGGAACGCUUUCACAAUCCAUGCUUUACGUAUUCGCAUUGUAAUAUGAAAUACUUUUGAUAUUAUCAGCGAGAUCGACAAUAUUUUAUAACGCCGAGCUAUGUUUUGAAGUGUCUUUGAAUGUUUGUUGAUAAUUUAAUGAAAUUAUGUUCAAAGUCUUAGGGCAUUCAUCAAAAAUCUGGAAAAUUACCUCUUCACUUCAUGUUUAGAAUUAUUCAUGUUUGAAUUAAUGGCAGUCAUGAUUAUUCAGGAACGUAAGUAAAUGGUAUCUAGAUGUACAUCGACACGCUUUAAUAACGCAAAACUUUUGAGAUUCUACCAAUUUUUGUUUUUGUUUUGCUAGUACUUCAAGCAAAAUGUUUGUAUAAAGAUGAUAUAAAGACUUAUAUAUAUCGCUUCAUCGUAAAAGUUCUAUUAAAUUGAAUUUCUGUGAGCAAAAUGUAUUGAAUAAUUAAUCGGGUAAUUUAAUCUGCGAAAAGAGGUUAAUGGUGGUGUAAUUCUCUUCCCUAACAAAUGUCGAACUUUUUUCAUUUUACAGAUAUAAAGAUAUUUAAUAUCUGAUUCAGUACUUUUUAUACGCCCGUCUAAAAGACGGGAAGUGUUAUAGGGACGCCCCUGGCGGCGUCCACAAACUUUGUUCGGAGCAUUUCUUCUUCAUGCGUGAAUAGAGUUUGAUGUUACCGGGUUAACAUGUUCACUAUCAUAAGACGGAGUGUCACGUGCAAGAACCAGGCCCCUAGGACUAAGGCCAAGGUCACACUUAGAGGUCAAAAGUCAAAUACAAGUAUGAACUUUUUUCCGGAUCAUUUCGUCUUCAUGCAUGGAGGAAAUUUGAUGAAACUUGGCAAAAGUUUUCACCAUCAUGAGACGGAGUGUCAUAGGCAAAAGCCAGGUCCCUAGGUCCUAAGGUCAAAGUCACACUGAGAGGCCAAAUGUCAGAUCCAAGAAUGACUUUGUACGAAGUAUUUCUAAUUCAUGCAUAGAGGGAUUUUGAUGUAACUUGACACAAUAGUCGUAGUCCGGAAUUGAGUUUUCCCAAAUCAGUGUAGGUACAAACAUCGCCAAUUUGUUAUAAUAUUAUAAACUAUUAAAUUUAACCUUUAAUACAUAAAAUGUUUCCUUGAAUUGACAAGCCAAACUGAUACUAUUUACUAAAGACAGAUAUGUUAACGUCAUUAUGUAUUAGAUUUAUAAAAAUAAGUUUGAAUUUGUGUUCGUGUGUGGGUUUAAUAUUUUGACAUAUUUCAAUGCCACAUAGCGCAAUCUAUUUAUAGAAUUGUUUGACAUAAACCGAGUUCCGGUGUAAAUCUAUUGUUCACCAUCAUGAGACGGAGUGUCUUGCACAAGAACCAGUUCCCCAGUUUAGAAUUACUUCCCUUUAUUGUUACUAUAAAUAGCUACAUUGUAACUUUUUAUUACUGAAUACUGACCAUAGGAAAAAAUCGAGACCUCUUUUCUGUAGUACAACAUACAUGUUAUGUCCAAUAUUUAGGGAUAAUUUGACCUAUCGCUACCUGGUAAGGAUUUUUGUGUGGACUAAGAAUUUUUUACCCUUUCCUUGAGAUUAACUUCCCUUUGUUGUUACUAUAAAUAACUUGUGUUGUAUUUUUUUUAAAACUGACCGUAGGGAAAAACAAGACCACUUUUCUGUGGUACAACAAAGAUGUUACUUUAAAAACAAUUUUUGGUGUAUUUCAAAGUACCUCCACCUGGUAAGGAGUUUUUUGUGGACUAAGAAAAAAAAUACAGAUUUCUUGUGGAUUUACUUCCAUUUGUUGCUACUAUAAAUAGCUUAUUCUUGAAAGUUUUUAACCUGGUUGUUAGAAUUAGGUAAUAUGUCAUUGUUAGUCCAGAUAUUAUAUUGUAUAAAAUAAAGUAUUUCUUGUGAGGUUCCUUAAUGCCUUGCCUAAAUUCCGCUUUUUGUUUUUGUUAUAGAAAUAAAGCAA